CGCUUCUUUCGAACAAUGAUUUUUGCCAUUGAAGAGAUAAACAACAGCACAGAGCUGCUGCCAGGCAUUAAACUUGGAUACCAAAUGUUUGACACAUGUACUUCAGUGCCUGUGGCCAUGCAUGUAGCAUUACAACUACUAAAUAGCCAGAAUCCUGUGUUUUACAAUGACAAAAAUUGUUCCCAAACUGGGAUGGUGAUGGCUGUUAUUGGGGACUCUGGAUCCUCACCAUCAAUUGGCAUAUCACGUGUCAUUGGAUCUUUCAAUGUCCCUCUGGUGAGCUACUUUGCCACUUGUGCCUGCCUGUCAGAUAAGCAGCAGUACCCAACAUUUUUCAGAACAAUUCCCAGUGAUCAGUUCCAGGCUGAUGCUCUAGCCAAGCUGGUGAAACACUUUGGCUGGACUUGGAUUGGUGCUGUUCGCUCAGACUCAGAUUAUGGAAAUUAUGGCAUGGCAUCUUUUCUUGAAGCUGCACACAGAGAGGGGAUUUGUGUGGAGUACUCUGAAUCCUUCUAUCGAACUGAUCCACACAGCAAGAUCCAGAGAGUUGCUGAUGUUAUCCGCAGGUCAACAGCACUGGUUAUUGUGGCCUUCACAGCCUCUGGAGACAUGAGUGUUUUAUUAGAUGAGCUGGCUUUGGAGCCUCCACCACCUCGUCAGUGGAUAGGAAGUGAGGGCUGGAUAGCUGAUCCACUUUUCGUGAGCUUCAGUUUCUGUGCAGGAGCCAUUGGAGUUGCCAUUCAGAAAUCUGUCAUCCCAGGUCUGAGAGACUUCCUGCUGGAUCUCUCUCCCAGUGAUGUAGCUGCCUCCUCAGUGCUUACUGAGUUCUGGGAGGAUGCAUUCAACUGCAGUAAUGAUCUUAACAAAAGAUUGUGUGAUGGAUCUGAAGAUAUAAAAACACUUAAAAACCCGUACACUGACACAUCUCAGUUAAGAGUUUCUAACAUGGUGUACAAGGCUGUUUAUGCUGUAGCUCAUGCCAUUCACAAUGCAGUGUGUGAGGAAACUAACGGUACCACUCAGUGUGACAGACAUGCCAGAUUGAAGUCACAACAGGUUUUUACUGAAUUAAAAAAAGUCAAUUUUUCGCGCAAUGGUUAUCCUGUGUCAUUUGAUCCAAAUGGUGAUCCUGUGGCUUUUUAUGAGCUGGUCAACUGGCAGAAAAGUGAGAGUGGACUUAUUGAACUGGUAACAGUAGGAUAUUAUGACGCAUCACUGCCAAAAGGCCAAGAGUUUCAAAUCAACAGGAAAAUAACCUGGGUGGAGAGUGGCACAAAAGUACCAGUUUCAGUGUGCUCUGAGAGUUGUCCUCCAGGAACCCGUAAAGUGUUGCAGAAAGGAAAACCCAUCUGCUGCUAUUAUUGUAUACCAUGUCCUGAAGGAGAGAUCAGUAACAUGACAGAUUCUCUUGAUUGUGUUGAAUGUUCCAGUGAAUUCUGGCCUAAUACAGAUAAAAAUGCUUGUGUCCCCAAACCUGUUGAGUUUCUGUCCUUUAAUGAAGUCCUGGCAAUCAUCCUGGCUAUAAUAUCUGUUUUUGGAGCCUGUCUGACCAUCAUAACAGCAGCUAUUUUCUUACGUCACAGAACUACUCCAAUUGUCAGAGCCAACAACUCUGAGCUGAGCUUCCUGCUGCUCUUCUCUCUGACUCUGUGUUUCUUAUGUUCAUUAACUUUCAUUGGAGCUCCCUCUGAGUGGUCCUGCAUGCUGAGACACACAGCGUUUGGUAUCACCUUUGUUCUCUGUAUCUCCUGUGUUCUUGGCAAAACUGUAGUGGUUUUAAUGGCCUUUAAAGCUACACUUCCAGGUAGUAAUGUCAUGAAAUGGUUUGGGCCUCCUCAGCAAAGGAUGACUGUUGUGUCUCUCACAUUUAUUCARGUUUURAUUUGUACUGUUUGGUUGKUWCUCAGCCCUCCAUUUCCAAUGAAAAACCUGAGCACAUACAAGGAGAAGAUCAUCCUGGAAUGUGCAUUAGGCUCUGCUGUUGGCUUCUGGGCUGUGCUCGGCUACAUUGGCCUGUUGGCUGUUUUUUGCUUUGUGUUAGCUGUUCUAGCUCGGAAACUACCUGAUAAUUUUAAUGAAGCCAAGCUGAUAACCUUCAGCAUGCUGAUAUUCUGUGCAGUGUGGAUCACCUUCAUCCCAGCAUAUGUCAGCUCUCCUGGAAAAUUUACUGUGGCUGUGGAGAUAUUUGCCAUCCUGGCCUCCAGUUUUGGACUGAUACUGUGUAUAUUUGCUCCAAAGUGUUUCAUCAUACUGUUUCAGCCAGAGAAAAACAGCAAAAAAUACUUGAUGAAAAAUAAUUAA